CUCUUUAUAUUAUAUCUCAUCUAUAUAUUGAUAGAACUCAAGAGAAAGAAAGAGAGAGUUGGAUAGAGAUGAGAGGAAUGAAAGGUGAAAUUUUGCUUGACAUCCCUGCAGAAAAAGCAUGGGAAAUGUACAGGGAUAAUGAUAAAAUUAGCAGAAUAAAUCCACAAAUGCUUGCUAAAGCUGAAUAUAUUCAAGGAAAAGGAGAGCCUGGGAGUCUCAGGAGUUUCCAACUUGGCCCUGCAUUGAGCAACUAUGUCAAGCAGUCAAUAGAAAAGAUAGAGAAAGUGGAAGAGGGAAGGUCAGUGACAUACCAUGUCAUUGAUGGUGAUUUAAGGAAGAUGUAUAAUCCAUAUAGAGUUACCUUCUCUUUCAAUCCUGUGAGCAAUGAGCAAUGUGUAGCAGAAUGGAAAGCAGAAUAUGAGCCAAUUACACCAACAAUUCCUACACCAGAAAAGGCAAGAGAUGCUGCACUAUCAUUUCUCAAGUUAUUUGGAAAAACAGAGAACCAUGCUAUGUAAAACAAGACAGAAGGAGUUGAUUUCUCAGAUGAUCGAUUAACUAAAAAAAUUAUUCUCUCAGAAAGUCACUUUCUUUGUUGAAAAAUAUUAGAGUCAAAAAGAAUGGUGACUUACUCACUUUACGAGAUAAUAACUUUUAGUUGAGUGACUAUAUGAGAGAUCAACUCUAAUCAGAAGCGAAUCCAAGAUUUAAGAUUUGUGAGUUUAAGCUUUAAGGUUUUUAGUAUAUAAGUCGAUGUGCUUUUAAAGUUAUGUAUGUUCAUAUUGGGUUCAGAUGAAUUUGAUACUUUGCGUCCACCUCUGAUCAUGUUGUGUGUAAGAGUAAAGAGGUCAUUUUGUUACACGUACUAUCUAGAAUGACCUCGCUAAUAAGCAGAGGGGAUAUAUAUAUGAAUUGAAGUUUAUGAGUUUCUCCA